AUGCACAAGUUACUGAUGCAUCCAAUAUCCACAUCGCAAAUCCCUCAUGGUUCUCCCAUUGCCGAUCAGACAGGAUUCGACAAGGGCCAUCUGCCCGGCAUUAAUUCACUUAUUGUAGAUCCAUUUUUCGCCACUCCUGCCCAAAGGGAUCGACUGGAUGCUGAAUUCUGGUUUCUCCGGCGCCUUGCUGAAGCCGCUAUGCUAGCCGGCUUUCGUGAAAGCCCUCUUGAUCUAAUGACCGAGGCAUGUCGUCCCGCUAGGCGGGGCGGACCUUCCGUGAGUAAUUAG